AUGUGUCUCUUCGCGUCGCAAAAUGUUUCGUUCUAUUUCUUUUUUCAGGUCUGUCUUAGCUACGAGUUUGUUGCCAUGAGUCUGGAGAAUGACGCAAAUGGUAAUGAGGGCGAGAAACUUGAUCCUGAAACUACUGAAAACGUCUCUUUAGACGAGACUGGCUCGUCGAGUUCGUUGGUUGAUCUCCACGCAUGCGGCAUUUGCUUCCAAGUUAGUCUGUUUUCAUUUUCUUUAUGCGUUGUUUAUCUACUUGUCCAGCAAGCCGGUAACGGAACAGAAUUAUUGGUGUUUCGAAGAUGUGAGUUUAAUUUUUCUUUCUUUCGGGAACAAAUUUCUUCCCCUUUCUGGCGUAUUGGUUAUCUUUUAAUGAUUUCUGCCAUCUUUCAGCCUUACAAUGAUUCGGAGCGUCUUCCAAAAGUGCUUUCAUGUGGUCAUACCAACUGUCUUGCGUGCUUAAAUAGUUGGGUGAAGCACGGUUCCUCCGUCUUCCCUGUCUGCGCCGUAUGUCGCAGAAUUACUCAUAAACCGGUUUAUUUGUUACCAAACAACUUCCAACUUUUGGGUCACAAUAUGGCGUUGCGCACGGUGGAGCAUUCUGUCGCUGCCUUUUUGCAACAAUGGCAAUCAACAAGACGCUGCUUGCGUUUUACUAAUAAUCCUGUAAGUUCUAAUAUUCUUAAUGUUCUGAACUCAUUUUCUUUGACAAUAUGGGACUGUAUGGUUUAUGCCGGUAGCCAUUCUAACGCUUCAACUGUUUCUUCCUGGUUAUUUCUAGAAUUUACUUGA